CUCCAUUAUUUGCGCCUAUGUGUGUAUUUUAUCUCCACGCGGCGCGCUGCUGAAACCUGUUAACCGCCUCGGCUGAAGUGAGGGGCGCGUUUUCAGCCCUCCGCCCUCCUCCUCCCGGGAUACAGGCUGCCCUCCUCUUUUUCUUUUUUUUUUCUUUCCUCCUCUACAGUGUGAACUGCGGGUCACCAUGUUAUGCUGGGAAGUGCAAAAGUCCCGUGAAAAUGAACGUGCGUGCUGAAAUGGCCCUGGAAAUUUUCUGUGGCAGAAGCUGAAGGCAUUUAAUGUGCGCUGCUGUCGGCUUUUAGAGGAAAGAUGCAUCAUAGCCAGGAGGAGCAGGCGGUGAACGCGUCCGCUGCGCCCCGCAGCGACUCCCGCAGCCCGGGCAGCAGCGGCAGCCUGGACGAGGGGAACGCCGACCCCCAGACACCUGCCUUCCCUCAGCUGGAGUUCAAGAGGCACACAGUGACAGAGGACUACAAAGUAACCACGCAGGUCCUUGGUCUUGGCAUCAAUGGCAAAGUGCUGGAGUGUUACUGCAAGAAAACUGGCGAGAAAUGCGCCCUCAAGAUCCUCAGUGAUACCCCUAAAGCCAGACGGGAGGUCGACCUGCACUGGCGAGUGUCUGGAGGCCCCCACAUUGUACGAAUACUCAGCCUCUAUGAGAACUUCCAUCAGGGGAAGAAAUGUUUACUGAUUGUAAUGGAAUGUAUGGAGGGAGGGGAGCUGUUCAGCCGCAUCCAGGCCAGGGGGGACCGGGCCUUCACAGAAAGAGAGGUGUCUGAGAUCAUGCAUGACAUUGGCUCAGCCAUAGACUUCCUCCAUCGCAUGGACAUUGCUCACAGAGAUGUCAAGCCAGAAAACCUGCUCUACACCACCAAGGAGACGAACGCAACACUCAAACUGACAGAUUUUGGCUUUGCCAAAGAAACAAACCUCCACAAAUCCCUUGAAACUCCCUGCUAUACCCCUUAUUAUGUUGCGCCGGAAGUGCUGGGGCCGGAGAAAUAUGACAAAUCGUGUGACAUGUGGUCUUUGGGAGUAAUUAUGUAUAUUCUUCUGUGUGGAUUUCCUCCUUUCUACUCAAACACAGGUCAGGCCAUCUCUCCUGGGAUGAAACAGAGGAUCAGGUUGGGCCAAUACGAGUUUCCCAAUCCUGAGUGGGCCGACGUUUCUGAGGAAGCCAAACAGCUCAUCAUUCAGUUACUGAAGACAGACCCCAGCGAGCGGAUGACUAUCGGACAGUUCAUGAACCAUCCUUGGAUCAGUUCAAUGGUGGUCCCUCUAACACCUCUGCACACGUCCCGUGUUUUGACAGAGGACAAGGAGCUGUGGGACGAUGUGAAGGAGGAAAUGGCCAGUGCUCUGGCUACUAUGCGUGUGGACUACGACCAGGUGAAAAUAAAAGAUUUGGACACGUCCAACAACCCUCUGCUCAAUAAGAGACGCAAGAGGCCCAUGCCAGGAGGAGCCGAAGGAGCCGAGGAGGCAGACGGAGGGGAGGGGUGGAAGAGUGGCGUGUAGUAGUCUUAUUAAAGAAGCUGCAUUUUCUUCAUAACGUGGGAAAAUGUAUUGUAAGCAAGCAAGCAAUAUUUUCCCAUUUACAUAUCACUUACAGUAUCUUACUCGUUGUUUGUGUCACUGCUCUCUACAGAGGAGAGAAUGUCACUCAACAGUUUGUAAAUAAAAUUAUUUUGUUUUUUUUAGUGUUUUAUAACUGUAUCACUGUAGAGGUUCACUCUGCAAAAAUCAGUUUGACCUGAAGAAACCAUUCAACAUACACAGAGGUUUCUGAUGGUGAAAAUUAGAUCAUAUAUUGAGGCAGAAGCCACACAGUGUUCUAGUGGUUUGCACAAUCUGGUUUAAUUCUGGGCCUUUCUGUCCAAGACUUUGCAUGUUCUCCUUUUCAUUGUUUCAGGAGACCUCAAGUAUAAAAAGUAGCACUAGUUGUUUACCUAUAUGAACGUAAAAUGUGUCAUUAUAUUCCUAUAAAGCACGGCAAGGACUGUACCUCAAGAAGUGAUGUUUUUAGGAGAACUUGUUCCAAUGUACUUUUCAACCACUCAGUAUGUGAUGACUGUUUUUACCUUAAUAGUAGUGUCCUGGAACAUAAUAGUGGUAGUAUAGUGUGAUGUACUGUACUCUGUGUAAUAGUCAUCUAGCUAGACUUCGUCAUUCACAUAUAUGGUGGCCAAAAAAUUCCAUUUUGCCUUUUUGGUUUUAUGACCAACUGUUCAUUUGUUUACGUGAAGCCACAGUGCCUAUGUAGUGUUCAUGAAUUUGCAUGGAACGUUCUUCACUGGAAAUACAGAUAGUCAAAUCAGAAGCAAAGCAGAACCGAAUGUGUUUCAGAGCAGCUUCAGGAGAAAUAUUGAGGUCAUGGUGCCAGUAUCUCAGAUUAUGAAGAAUCUCCUGAUGAUCUGUCGGAAAGGUGUACUCUUCAACCUCACUUCAGCUCACAACUGUCAUAAAAACAAAGAUUUUUCUUUUCUGUAAGAAU